AAAGCAGCGCCAGGUGUCGAGGUGUUAUGCCCCUUUCUCUUUUCAAUAAGUAACGUUAUCGGGCUCUCUCACUCUCGCGCCAAUUAGGCUCGUGAGGUGAGCGAUACGCGCCGGCCGCAGAGGACGUUAGCCCGCGACCGGCAGUCGCAGCGCACGCAUUCUACGCCGCCGCUUAGCAAUAUUUCUAUACCCGCAGCAGGUGCCCGUGCCGUGAUGUACAAACCGUGAAACAGUUCUCAUAUGUGCUCGCCUCUUUAACUUCCUUCCUGUUCAUAAAGUUGGAUUGCUUCAAAGUUCGCUAUGGGUGAAUCGCUGUUAAAAGAGGAUCCCCUCUCCAGGAUCCAAAGGGAGAUCAUCGAAGUGACGGAGAGAGAGCGGGAGUUCAAGGAGGGUCACUUCAGAAUCAACCGGCUGUUGUCCGAGUCGACAAUCGAAGUAAACAAACAGAAUGGCCACGUGAACGGCGACGACGAGCACAAACAGCGGACGCUCAACCGAGCCGUGUCCACGUCCCACCUACUGGGCCCGAUCACGCCCUCCCCGCCGCCCGCGUCUGCGCUCAUCACCACCAAUGGCUACACCCGCAGAUUCGCGCCGCAAACCGGCACCAAAGGCAUCAUGCAGCGUUUCAUCGCUAACAAGGGCAAGCUGCCAGUGACCUCUCCCGUCGGGGCGGGCGGCCCCGUCGGCCCCGUAGGCCCGGCGGCCUCCACCCCCGUGGCCCCCGCCCCCCAGCCCCUCGUGUUCCCCACCUCGCCCGUCGUAGCACCGGUGGUCGGCCCGCCCGUCAUUUCGCGCACCCCCGAAGGCAAACCGAUCCGCAAGGGCUACGUUCCCGUCGAAGAGAAGAUACAGAAGGAAUUGAGAGAGAUGAAGGACCGGGAACACGAGCUCAAGCGAAUGAGGAAAAAACAGAAGCCCUUCGAUAUCGAUUUGAGCGACAACGAGACCACAUCCGAAUCGGAGGACGAGGAGAUUCCUAUGCCGGGAAAACUUAAGGCUACGAAAUCGAUAGGAGAGUUGUACGAAGCCUUGAAUGAGGAGCUGCGGUCGCCUUCGCCCAGGAAUAGCUCAGGGCACGAUUCCCUCGGCAGCCUGAAGCCGGCCAAGUCGCUGGCCGAGUUGUGCGAGCUGGGCCCCGGGCAGGAGUUCCUCGCGCCGAGCUCGACGCGGCUCAUCGCCCAGUGGGAGUCUAUCAUACAACAGAAACAGGAAGCGGGCGCCGCUUAGCUUCCCCCCGUUAAACAAACGUUCGUGGGUUAAAAUGUGUGUGGGCGUCCUACGCCAAAAUUUUGUACGUAAAUACCGUCGCGUGUCAACCCGGACAGCAGGUUUCAGCCAACGGAUACGAUGAUGAUACGUGAGUUAUGUGACUGUGGUAUUCAGAACUGUUUUUAAUUAUUUUGAGUUGUAGUGUUUAAUUCGUUCGAAUGGAGUGCACCCGAGCGUGAUUCGCAUGAGUGUGUCAUUCCAACAUUUAGCGAGAGGAGUUGCCGAUGGAUCGCUUCGACGGCUGAUCGGCUGUGAAGCAAUUAAUUUUCUCCAGACCGCGAACAAUGCAAAUGAUGGUUAUCCGUAACAGCAAUUAUAUCGAGCAUGCAUUGUUGGAAAGCGGGCGAUACUCGCGAACUCGUCUCCCGAUUGUGAAUGCGACAGUUUCUUCCUUUUGUUUAGCGCGGCGGCUGACAAACCGCCGGUUUUUUGCUGCGCUUUCUCGCGCCAAUACCGCACCCGGUCUUUGUGACGAGCGUCAUUAAAUUUUAUUUCUUGGAACGAUGUAAAAACGUGCACAGGUGCGCCAACGAUAUUUAAUAUCGUUGAGGUGCGCGUACAAACGGCUGUGUGGCUUCAGUGGCCGCGUCCCUCUCUCGGUCGGACGUUCAUUUCCGCGGCCCCUAAUUUGUUAGCGCGAGCAGUUGCGCGGCCAUGUGGCCGUAACGUAUUAUUACAACCUGUGACGGAUAACUUUCGAUGCAUCGCGCGCCGCAGACGUCAUAAUAACAAAGAAGUAGAAGUGUCGGUGGAGCGCCUCACCGCGUUAUUGAAUUAAUUGCAUAAUUAUGUUGAUUUCGCUCGGCUCGGCGCGGUUGCGAUGCGGCGAACGCAAUUUCGCUCCGCGUUCAUUAUUUACAUAUGUAAUUUCACAGAAAUUAUGUUGUCGGUGGGAAAAGUAGAAAAAUCGAUACGAAUCGGAGCUGGACUUCGAUAGUAGAAUGUACUUAACUAUGUGUUUAAUUAAAUAUUAUCAAGAUGUCGCCCUUGUGUUAUUGCAAGAGGUAAACUAUUUAUUUAUUACAGUUCAUGUAUCAGUGUAUAAUGCGAUUCAACUAAGAAUAGGACUGACUGGGCGCCAUAUUUUGACAUCAUAGCUGUCAAUUCACACCAAAUAGGUAGAGUGAGCAAAAAAGAAUUUCUAUUUAAUAAAACUUAUUUACAUAGAUUAAGUGAGAAAACAUCAGAUUUUUUAAUAAAAUUAAUUUACUAAGAUUGAGAGAAAAAACAUUAAUCAGAAUCUAGCCCGUCAAUUCCGCUCAUCUCUGCAUUACCGCCGUAGUUAUGAAAAAUCAUGCAGGUCACAUACGAACAUGUAUUCUAUAUGUAAACGAAAGUUUUAAAUCGAGUUUCUUAACGCAACAUGAAGUUACAUUUGGUUGACGAUUUAGGUUAUCAACCAUACAUAGCCAAAGCUCAAUAAAUGAAAAAAAAAUAUCAACCAAUAUAAAUUAUCAAUAUUUGUUAUUGUUUGUUUAAAAAUGAUUGAUUUUUAUUCUAGAAUUAGCUGAGUGGUAAAAAAGUGUUCCGAGAUUUUUUCGCAAACUGUACUUUACAAGCGACAUUUGACAGAUGGAGGUCAUUGGCUUUCCUAUUCUUAUUUGAAUCGCAUUAUAGUGCUCCCGGAUUGAGAAUUUCCCCUCAACUGUAGCUGUGUCAAAUCGGUAGUGCCUUACGAGAGUUAUGGUAGCCAUACACACUACGAAAAAUCGUUACGAUUAGACUGUACCGUCCGAACGGUACCGAUAAAUCGUAGAGUGUAUAAAACUAAUUUUUACGGGUUAAUGCACGAAACUUUAUUUAUUUAUUGAC